CGAGCAGACACUCUCAGCCAAAUCCUCAGUAAGGCAGGUGUCCCCUCUUCCCUCUUCCCGGUCCACCUCUGGGAACCCAUAGGCCUCCAGGUGGCUCUCAUUGUCUGUGCAUACAAAGUAGCUGUAAGGGGAAAACCAGGGUCGGUAGAUGGUACAGUUCCGCCUCAGCUGCUCCCCGUUCUGGGUGUCCCCCAAGUCUGCAAAGGAAAAGGCAGGGUCUGAGUCUGGCGCUAAAGGCGGUGAGCAGUGAAGCAGAAGUGGCUAGAGGCAGUCAGGAGAGGCAGACAGACAGACCAGACUACGUAUGACCUCGGGGGAAUUGUGCUCCACCUUGAUGAUGGCUGAGAGACCGCAGGGGACGACGGGAUGGAAAAAGAGAGCCUAAGACAUCCAUUCCUGCUGCAUUCUUUUUCUGCUGUUGAAAAUGCACGUAUCUGUAAACAUCAGAAGUCUGGGCAGGACACUGACCCUUCCUUGCAUAAAGACACAGUGACUUCUGACUCCUCUGAAGAUAGGCAAGAACAGGUAGACAUCUGAUACAGUCUUUCUGCCACCAAUGGUUUGACCACCUUUCCAGCCUCAGUGCCCAUCCUGAUCCCUCCAAAGACCACUCAGCUAGGAACAGGCUCUUCUCAUGGGCUCGAGGGAAGGGACUUGGAAGGCAAGAUGCCUUCAUGGACCUGUGGACCUCUACUGAGAAAGGGACAGGUACAAAGGCAGCAUGCGGGGUGGACUUGCAACAUCCCUCCCUUGAGGGUACCACACCUGUUCCUCUUUAGCUUCUCACGUGCCCCUGCCCAAAAGGGGAGAAGGCCUCAGAUGGUAAGGGCACUUAGCUAUGCCCCCAUGCCGGAGAUCAUUUGCUUGGGUUUGGGGUUGGGGGGAGGGUGCAGGAUCUGAGCUGGGCUGGACACCUCAGUGAGUAACAUUGUCCUUUGCAACAUCUAUGUUACCAAAGAAAGAGUGGUGAGCUGAACAGGGUUGUGAGUCCUCUUUGGAGGACUCCCAAAGACAGGCUCUAGAACCUCAUCUUCCGUGCGCUCAGGGGUCUCCAAACUAAUGAAAAAUGGUCAUUUCUAAACUCAAACAAGCAGGCCUGUUAAAGGUGUUGUUCCAGGGAGUCACAGUUAGGGCAGCUUCUUCAGAGCUGCAAACAAGGUCCUCUGGAAGUCAGGCUCUGACUUGGCCAGGAAGCAGGAAAGAUCAUAUCUAGCAUGAUUUCAAACCUUAUUACUGAAGACUUGUCUCAGCCAUACCUUUCUCCUUGGCCCACCACUCAACUGAUGCUCCUACGUAUCACAAGUACCUUCACUUUCACAGGACUCGGGGUCCCAGGUCCCAGGAUGGAAGCCCACAUAGGCAUUCUACAUGGUCCCUUUGGGAAUGAGAAAACAAGCCAGGUUCUCCAAUUGAAGGAUCUCAAGUCCUCAGUCAGAGGGGCCGUGCGGACCCUUGCUGUGUGUUGUACGCUGAGGUAGCUACUAAAUCUCCGAUGAAAAGUUUACGGCCAUCUAGGUUCAGGGUUAGCUCAGUGGUAGAGCAUUUACCGAGCAUGUGGGAGGGCUUGGGUUUGACCCCCACCACCACCACAAGGUGACUGUGUAGAAAGGAGAUCUGCCUGAAACCCCAGGGCAAUAGCUAGGCUUUUAGGAGAGAGAUUUUAAAAUGUUUCCUGUAGAAGCAAAUGUAUGUUUAGGAGAACUCCACAGCAGUCCAGUUCAAUCCCUGUGUACAUGGGAAUUCCCUAGAACUGGUUCUUGACUGUGGGUCAUGACCCUUUUGGGGAUCUACUGACCCUUUCACAGGGGUCGCCGAAGGCCAUCAGAAAACACAGGUAUUUACAUUACCAGUCAUAACAGUAGCAAGAGUACAGUUAUGAAGUAGCAACAAAAGUAAUUUUAUGGUUGGAGGGGUCACCACAACAUGAGGAACUGGAUUAAAAGGUGGCAGCAUUAAGAAGUUGAGAAGCACUGCCCUAAAGGAUCUUAUUCUAAACAGGCUCCUCUCUGUGGAGCCUGAGAACCUGCCUUCCUCAGCUUCCCUGUGAUGCUCAUGUUGUAGAGCCAGGGUCAUGCUUCAGUUGACAAGUCAUGUGUCUACCUGUGUACCUCACCGUGAUCAUCAGUUAGCCUAUUCCUUGCCACUUACUAAUGUGUUUUUUUUCCUCCAGUUUAAGACCAAGUUAAUGAGCGCACAUGCUCUCUAUGUAGACAGACCAUCACCUCAAGAUUUCGUGUAGGUACAGGCCCUGCCUGAAAUGUGACAAGUGUACUCCCAUCUGUCCCUUGCCAGAGGCUGUGAAACAGCAAGACUUACCAGUAAGGCAGUUUUGUUUUGUUUUUUUGAAAACUUAUAUUCUCGCCCUAUAGUAUUUGGCUUUCUCAACCAAUCAUGAUCCUAUGUCAUGAUUUGACAGGAUCAUGUAUUUAAAACAAAACUCAGAUCGGUUUAACAAACAAUCCCACAUCUUUGUAGUUCCCAGGGACAUCGCAUUUACCUGGCAAGCUGGUGGCAAGUGAGGAUGUAAUGUCAGGAAAGGCAGUCAGGGCAGAGGAAGAGAUCCGAGGCCUAGAGAUGCUGAGGAGUGAGAAGUUCUCCAUGUUCUGACCACUGCAAGGCAAUAGAGGCCACACAGCUCGUGGUAAGCUGGCCAGAUCGUCUAGGCAACAGACAUUCUGAGUGGAGCCGACAUCACAAGGUCCAGCGGUUCCGUUAGCCAAUAGGUUACAAGUUUGAAAGAUGGAUGAAAAGUUGUAUACAAGACUUUUCCCCUUUUAAAACUUAACUCCUUUUUGUUUCCUCUUCAAUGUUAAAUUUUCAAUCGGUAUAUAAAGGAUCAGCUGUCAUUGUAGAAUUUUUGAACAAAGUGUGUUUUGUUCAAAAAGAUUUUUUUUUGUUGAAAAAGAUUCUCUUCCCAUCUCCACCCUGCUCUAACUUCCUUACCCCCAUGACCUUUCUGCUUUUGUGUCACGUGUGUCCUUUUGUCCUGAUCCACUUUCCUUAGCAUCUCACAUCUCUUUUUUUAUUAUCUCUAGUUUUCUAGGUUUUUUUUUUUUUGGCUUAACCCACUUUUACACCUUUAUACUAUGUAUGUAUAUAUGUAUCUAUGUAUGUAUAUAUUGUGAGUGUGUAUACACAUAUAUCUAUAUACAUCACAAACCAGAAUCUGCUCAUGAAAGAUCCAGUUUUAAUCUUUCUGAGUUGGGUCACCUUGUUUAAUAUCUGUGAAAGAAUAAACUUACUUAGAUCCAUUUUCUUUUAUUCUGUGCAAAGGUCAUUUCAGAGUAGAUCAGAGACAAUUACAAACCAGAAAUGCUGGAAUUGCUAGAGGAAAUAUAAGAAAUACACUUAAGAAGAAAGGAAGGAAGAAAGAAAAAAAGAAAGAAGGAAAGAAAGGAAGGAGGGAGGGAGGGAAGGAAGGAAGGAAGGAAGGAAGGAAGGAAGGAAGGAAGGAAGGAAGGAAGGAAGGAAAGACACUUCAAGAUAUGGCUGUAUACAAGAACUCUAUGAGCAGAACUCUACUGCCUCAGGAAAUAACUCCAAGGACUACGUGAAAAUUAAAAGCCAGUACAUAGCAAAAGAAACUAUCAGUGGGGAGCCAACAGCCAGUAACUUGUCAUUCCUCCGUGGCCUGUCUCUGCUGAGAAUAGCCAGCAAAAAGGAAGAAUAUUGUAGAGCCAUUUACAGUGGUACUGUUUACCACCUAUUUUCUGGGUGGCUGCCACCUUUUGUAUGUGUAUAUAACCAUGUGUUCCCACCUCUAGACCCCUCUUUCCUCCUUCCUUUCGCUCUUCUUCCUUAUUUUCCUGGCCUCUACCACUCAGUGUUUUGUUUUUGUUUUUGUUUUCUGCUUGUGUUGUUUGGGGGCAUUUUUUAUAUAUAUAUAUACUUUUGGGAAAUAAUUUCUAAAAUUUGCAAAAGUUAAAAUUUGUACCAUAUAUUGUAACUUUUUAUCACAUUUUGUGUUAUCAUUUCCUCCACCUACCAUCGUGCGUGUGUGUGUGUGUGUGUGUGUGUGUGUGUGUGUGUGUGUUCAGUCACUGAGGAUGAAACCAGGACUUUGUGCAUGAGCAACAAAGUCCAAUCCUUAAAUGUGUUUUGUUUGCUUAUUUGUCUUCCGAACUAUUUGGAGGUAAGUUACCCUAUAUCCUUUUAUAUCUACUCACUUCAUAUAUUUCCUAAGAUUGGGGACCAGGUAUUGUUUCUAGUAGUUGGUGGGUGCUCUUCUAGGCAAGCGGCUUCCUCCAUCCUGUGUUGCUCAUUGUAAGGCACUAUGCUAAUGAGACUGUAGACUCCAGGGCCACCUCAUCUCUCUGCCUUCUUUCUGCAUAUAACAACCUGGCAACCUAGCCAGAUGAAUAAUAAAAGGUGACUGAGACACUUGGAAGAGAAGAUGCAGGUGUCCCAUUCUGAGUCAUCACAGCCCAUCAUUUAGACACAUAGAGGUGCUUUGGGUGUAAAUGGUGAUGUGUUUACACCGGCUACAAAAGAGAGUCCACUCCUAAACUCCAACUGUGACCAUCCUGUAGAUCAUGUCUGAGCAUUAAUUUCCCAGCCACUUAAACAUCUGCAGGAAUGAGAGAACCUAAUUCCCUCCUAUUUCUCCCCUUGGUUGGUUUAGAAUGCUAAAAUGUUUAUAGUGAAAAUUAAACUUGAAUGUUUUGAUGCCUCUGAGGUCAUGUGGCCAUUUCAUUUGGGUCUCCAUGGUGUAAAGCAAGCUCGUCAGGAUGCGUAAUUUUGAAUCCCCUUCUCCAUCAGCUGCCUGUGUGAUGGGUAGACUCUGCCACUUGGCUUUUCCAUACUGUUUCUUUAGACCGAGACAGAGUGAUGAAUGUCUUCCAGUGUGUAGCAAUUUACAGGUGAAAGGAGCCUAGAUGUGAGCUAUAUGCACAGGACCCAAGGGACUUAGAAGGGUUUCUAUUGCCAGCUAUGUAGAUGGAGUUCUUGUAAAGGGGGUGCAAAAUGGGAGGGAAAUUGGGAAGGCUGCAGUAGUGUCUUUUUCUUGUUUUGGAAUUAUGAACCUGUUUUUACUGAGCUGUUGGAGAGUUUGUGGGAGCUUGGUUUUUCCAGAGUUUACUGCGUUCCUGUGUGGCAGAGCCUUUUUUCACGUGCUGGUGCUGAUGGCUUAAACGGGAGAUGAUAACCCUCUAAAAGUGACUGGUCACUACAUAAAUGUGUCUUUCUCUCAUUUGUUUCCCACCUGCUUUUCGAGCCCUUUUCUUAAACAGGUAAGAUCCCUGCUUUCUUGUGGAUGACUUCUCUUCCCAGAUGCCCUCCUCUGCUUGAGAAUGUGCAUGACAUGCAGUGCUGUUGGGAGGGCCUCCCAGCUCGGGUCCGGUCAACUGGCACACCACCACCAUUGUUCUCUCCAUCACUAAGCCUCGACAGUUGUGAGGCUGAAGGGACAAAGUGUGAGAGGCUUGUCAGCAGGAAAGAUGCCCGCUGUGGGGGCGACAGAGGCCAACUUUGCAAAGAAGACAACUUUUUUCCCCUAGCAUGACCUCGCAAGCCCUUGCAACCACUGCCACAGAGAGGGCUUGGGGUGGUUUCUGAGACUGUGCUCACAAGUCUGGAGAUGUUGACCACAGCAUGUUUGAGAAUUUGAACACUACCCUCACUCCAAAGCUCCAGUCCAGCCAUUCCUUCCCCCACCUGUCCAGACCUGCAGCCCCAGGCUCUAUCAGCCCUGGCUCUGCAGAGCCAGGAGGACCAGGACUGAGGGUGGGCAGCAGCCAGCACCUUAAGAACCUGGGCAAAGCCAUGGGGGCCAAGGUCAAUGACCUCCUGCGAAGAAAGGAGUCCUCAAGCCUGGGCAGCGUGGGUGUGAUGGAGAUUAAUAAGACUGCUGGGGCCCAGCUGGCUGGUGGGGAAGAGCCAGCCUGUGGAGCCUGGCUGGAGGAUGAAAGGUCAGUCCAGGAAGCUUUCCCUCUGCUGGAUCCUCCACCUCCCAUAACCCGGAAGCGAACCCCUCGGGCCCUGAAGACCACCCAGGACAUGCUGAUUUCAUCGCAGCCGGUCCUAAGCAGUCUAGAAUAUGGGACAGAAUUGUCACCUGGGCAGGCCCAGGACUCUCCACCCACUGCUCAGCCUGUCCCUGCAGACACUUCCCGGCCAGAGUCUACCAUUGAAAUGGGAGAGAAGGGCGAGGCUCUACCCAAUGGCGAGGUGUCCCUGUUGGUACCUGACCUAAUACACAAGAACAACCAGGAGGAAUCCAAGCUAAAGGCAACUGAGUGCAGAAAAUCCUCCUCCCCUGGCCCCAUUGAGAGAAAUGGCCUCAAACUCAGCUUGAGCCCCAUCAGCCUGGCUGAGUCCUGGGAGAAGAGCAGCCCACCUCCACAGACACGGACCUCCAGCCUUGACAAUGAGGGCCUUCACCCAGACCUGCUGUCCUUUGAGUAGGGUCCCUCGUCUUCCCUGCUGAACACCCUCUUCACUUUGUUGUCCACUACACAGAUGGCCUUUGUUCCGACUCUGCCACGUCCUCACCCUCCUUGCAGAAGGCACCCCAGAGUCCACUCUCUACCUGAGAUGUUUUGGGACCAGAUGGCCACAAGUAGUCCCAGUUAAGGAGUCUGCAGAAUGGCAAAAGGAUGCAGUGACAUGAUGUCUCAGAUCCUGCUGUUCUGCAAGCUUCCCUGGCUGCUGGCUGCUAGAACUCAUGCUCCCUCAAGCUUGUCCCAGCUUCCUACUGACUUACAGGGCCACCAGCUGAGGAGGAUGGAAUCCUCUUUGCCUGUCUGCUCAGACUUAUAUGCUGUCUUUUCUUUUACCCCCCAAACUCUGAUUCUGUCCCUUUCUUCCAUAAUGGUCCAGGGACACCCUCCCCUCCCCCCACCUUGAAGGGAAUUCAGCUAGGGAAAAAUAGUAGGCUUUGGCUUGAUGAUGGGACCUGGCCUGGAAAGCUACACCCUGACCGCAACUUUACCAUAGUCCCUUCAGCUGUGUGGACCCCUAGCCACCAUCAUCUUUCCCCCCCUGCUUCCGGCUUAGGGCCAGAGGAGGUGCUUCUGAGGCUUAAGGCCUUGAGAGCUUCCUCAAAGGUUGAACCUUGUCAACCAGGGUUUUCUCAUCCAGUUAGAUGCGCCCCUACGUAUCUGGAUAGGCGCUCGGGAUGAUGAUACAGGCAGCUGUGCUGGGGUUCCUUGCUAUGUGUGGGUGAAUACGGGCAGGCAGGCCCCUGCAGAAGCAGCAGAGAAUGUUCUGAUGUUCAGAGAGGGGAGUGUGGGAACACAGAAUGGUCCUACAAGAGUCAAGAGCAGAGAUCCUAGAGAAGUGGAAAGUGAGGACUGAGAAGGGCAUUGCUGGAAGUCAGAGCAGCUUUUCAGGCCACUCCACACCAAGAGUGAGGCAAUGCCGGGGCCUGGCAACAGUAUGUAUGAGAGCCAGGGCAGAGCAUGUCAGAGACUGAAUGUGGUGAGGACUGUGUGGGCAAAGCAGUUGCCAUUAAGGGAAAGUGCUUCUUUGUGCUUGUGCUGAGGUUGCCUGAAUUGCUUGCAGCACCAGGCCAGCCCAGAGAUACCUGGAACCUAGGUCCAUCAUUCAGGUAACAAUGAUCCUCCUCUGCUUCUGCCAUCGGGCUCUGUGUAAGGAACCAACGAGGCUUAUCAGCCCUUCACCAGUGUCUGCCUUCCAGGUUAACUUGCUUUGUCUUCCUUCCUCCCUCCAGGGGCCCUUUCAUGCUGUCUUCCUGUGGCCAGGAGACUCUGUAGUGAUACCAUCCACAAAGGCCUUUGUAGCCAGAAGACAUCCCUAUUCUCAAAAGAGGAGGCCAGAGCUCCACAAGGAGUCUAGGGAUGGUGCAUUCAGCCAGGGCUGCCCUUGCAGCAGCGCCCCCAUCCUGCUUCCUGUGGCCUUCCCUCUUCUGCUCCCUUGGCAUCUGUGACAUGGGGGACACACUUCCCAGUUGAACAUUACCAGCACACUGCCCUCCCCUCAACCAGCAGACAUCUGAGCUAACUCCAGAAGAACCAGCGUAGGAGGCCUCAGCCAGACCCCCAGGAUGAGGUUUCCCUCUGAUACGCUCGCUUCUGCCAUCUCUGCCCUCCGACCCUCUUCUCUCAUCCCAUUUUCCAUUGCCGCAGAUGGCAAGGCUUCAUCUUGCGCUCCCUGCAAAUUCCUGUCUUUUCCUUUCAGAUGGGAUUCCAUGCUUCCAGGAAUCUGAAGACCCUGGUGGAAUAUACGGGGCUGUUAGCACAUAGGUAGCACAUGUGCCUUGCCCCAAGGGCAUCCCAAAGAUGUGAUCCUAAAGUCAGAGAAGUCCUUAGGACUAGCGUCCCAGAAUAAUGUGGGAUAUUUCCCCAAACAGAAAGUUCAGGCUGUCCCCCAGAGAGCAAGUCUGAUGUAAUCCGAGCUCUCCAUACCGGGGGUCUUGGUUGGUGCCUCUGAUGGGAAGCUCAGCAGAUAGCUGUCCUCUGGGGCUGCUCCCUUCUGAGCCUAGGUUGACUCAGCAUGAGGCUUGGCUUGCUUAAGUGCCCAGGAUACUGCUUAGAGCCCUGGCCCUCAGGCCCGGCACUAAGCAAGAGAUCCCAUCACAUUUGUCCCAGGGCCCCUGAAAAGGGAUCUUCUAAGUACUUUCGACUUGUAUUCGGUGUUGACCUAGAUACCAUGGGUGUCUGCAUCAACUCCUAGGACCUUGACUAUCUCCCUGCUACAGGAGUGAUCCUGCUACCUCGGGAGGUCCUCUGCGACUGAGCCUUGUCUUAGAUGCUGUAGAUACUGCCUGGUGCUAGGGCCCAUGUGUUUCCCAGGGACCAGCAGGAACAAGUUCUCCUGAGGGUUUUGACUCACAUCAGCUCUUCCAUCUAGUGCCUGAUCAGGCCCGCUGGCCAUCUCAGCAGUGUAGACUGCAGCACAGCAGCCUUCACAGUGAACCCAGAUCCCCUAGGGUUUGACCUUUGGGUAGCUUGAUAAGCAUGGGGCGGAGGUUAGCCAAUGGGGAGGAAUGAAGGGUCUAACUUCUAUAUCUGUUUAAAGAAGCUGGGGCCUUGAAGCCGCCUUCUCCCUGCUUCUUUCCAGCCCUAUUGUAUAGCUCUGUUUAGCCCAUAGCUUUACCCUGAUAGAUCACAAAGUGAGCUUCCAGAAACAUGAAAAGAAAGUAUCUCCUCCUUAAUCCUAGCCUACACUUUUCUCUAGAAAUGUAUCUGUGAAUGUUCUGUCUCUGGGUAAUAUGAAGACAUGUGUUUUUAAUCCAUCAUCUUUUAAAGAACAAGUUUGGCCCCUAUUUGAAAGAACAAGAUUAUAUAGUUCUAUUCUGAGUAUUUUUUAGAGAGUUCAUAUUUAUAUUUUUAGAGAUUUUUCUUGUAGAAGGAAAUUGCAUAA